CCAACCGCCACAGUCGAGACACCUCCGUUUAUCUUGACUAUAAUAUCACAAUGGGUCGCGUUCGCACCAAGACCGUUAAGAAGGCCUCUCGUGUCGUCAUCGAGAAGUACUACCCCAGACUCACGCUUGACUUCCAGACCAACAAGCGUAUCUGCGGUGAGGUCGCCAUCAUCGCCUCCAAGCGUCUCCGCAACAAGAUUGCUGGAUUCACCACCCACUUGAUGAAGCGCAUCCAGCGCGGCCCUGUCCGUGGUAUCUCCUUCAAGCUCCAGGAGGAGGAGCGUGAGCGCAAGGACAACUAUGUCCCCGAAGUCUCGGCCCUCGCUGUCGACACCGUCGAGAUCGACCAGGACACCAACGCUCUGCUCAAGUCCCUGAACUUCGAUGGUAUCGCCGGCAUCUCUGUCGUUGACCCCGCCACCGUUGCUUCCAACGAUCGCCGCGUUGUUGGUGCCAACUUCCGUGCCCGCCGAAACUAAGCGUGUGUAGACUACCGUUCGUUUUGGGACAUUCCAUAGUCACAAAUAAAACAGAUUCCUUAAAAU